GAUAAAGAUGUUAUAUUUUCAUUGAUUUUUUGCGAUUUACUGAUUAAGAUCAUAGAAUAAAUUCCAUAAGAAUGCAAAGGGACAAACCAUUUUGGUUCAAUUGCGUCAAAGUGUCAAUAAUUAUAAAUUUAAUAUUUAUAAAGUUAACUUUAUGCCAAAGUCAAUUAAAUCGAACUGAAAAUGUUACAAAAUUUCAUGGAUUAUCAAAGAAUAUUACAAUGGAUAUUUCUCCGGAAUCAAAACUUAAACUUUUAGUGGAACCAAAUAAUGUAACAGAUUCAUUAUUAUUGAAUAGCGACUCAGAAAAUGAUAGAAGAUGUACAGAGAGAUCAAAUUUGAAAGCUUUAUACGAAUCUAAAAAGAAAAAUUACUUAUCACUUAUAAAUAGUGAUCGAAAUCGAAUAUUAAGUCAAAUGCAAACGGUUAAUGAAAUAAUAGAUUCAUUUUCGAAAACACUUAAUAAAAAAGAAUCACGUGUAACCAGAUCAACAGUAUCUAGACCAAAAUGCUCCAUUUCAAAAGUUAAAUUAGAAAAUUUACAAAAAGAAAUUCAAUCUAUAAUUUCAAACACCACAAGCAAAAGUGAAGCUGAUAGGAAAUGUACCCUCAAUUUCGACGAUGAUAAUUGUCAAAAUCUCAUGAAAACAAUACAGUGCGGUUUAGGUCAUAUAAAAGACGGGUAUCUUGAGGCAAUGUCUAAUCAAGGUUCAGCUAAAGAGGUUGCUAAAUGGAAAAAUGCCUUUGAUCAAUUAUCACACAAAUUUGAAAAAGAAAAAGACAAUUUAAUACAAUCACUUUCACACGAACAUCAAUUAGAAUUAGAUAAAUUACAUAAAGAAAUGCAAAAUUUAGGAAAAUUAUUAAAUACUGCGUUAGAAAAUUUAGAAGUAAAUACAGCAGAAUUAUGUGUAAUGGAAAUUGUUCAAGGAUUGAUAACGGAAGCUGUUGAUCAUUUUAAAGAAUUAAGGUCAACAACCAUGUCUGUAAUUGUUAAGCAAGCUUAUAAUCAUCAUAAACAUUCCAAUCCUGAUGAAAUUGAUAGAGUUAUAAACAUAUCUGAUUUUAUUCAACGUCUACCACAAAAUGGAAAAGUUGAGGCUAUGCAAACAUUUUACAAAGAAAUGAAAGAAAAAGAACAUUUGAACAGUAUACGAGUAUUAAUACUUAAUUACACCUUUGGAAAAUCUGCAAUUUCAGAUUCUAAAAUAACAAAUGAAAUUCUAAAAUUCAUAGAUCCAAUUUUAUCGUCAUUUUCUGAUGUUAUAGCUUUUAAUAGAAAAGAUUCUGAAUUUAACCAAUUUUUACGAUUAAAGUUUGGUAACUAUUUCAAUUAUUAUUCCAAAAAAAUUAUAACUAACGCAUGUUCUAAACAGUCUCCUGAUGAAACAAAACGAUUAAAAAAUAUCCUUGAAAAUAUUCGAAAUUUUCCAUAUUAUGAUCAAGUUGCUGAUGGAAUAUCUCACCUUAACGGUUAUAUAAUAUCACAUAAUCUUUUAGAAAAUCGUAAUACAUUAAGCUUGAUUUAUUAUAUCAACUAUUUUAAAACAAAACUUUCAGCAUCAAAUAAUACAAAAUUGAUCGAAAAUUUAGUAGAAAAACUUGGAAAUGAACUUGAUAAACUACCAAAACAAAUGGUUAAUUUUAUAGUUCGCCCAAAUGGAUGUAAACUUAGAAAUAAAGCUUAUCUACAAUAUUUAUAUGCUGAUGGUCGAUUUCUAUUAUGGAGUGAUAUUGGUAGUGAUCGACACAAUGUAUUUCUUUGGAAAUGGCAAACAGCUACUGACCCGGCUGGUAUCCUAGAACCUGAAAGUAAAUGGAAAUUUGAGACUUCUAAUAAUUGUGAAACUUUUACGUUAAAAAAUGUCCAGUAUAAUGAAUAUUUGUAUGUAUCUAAUAAUUGGGAUAAUAUAGGGACUACCAAUCCUAAGCGAGAAGUUUUCACUAAACAACAGCCUGAUGAUAUUUCGCAAGCUGAAUGGGAAAUUGUACCGCGAAAUGGUGGUCAAUAUUUUACGUUAAAAAAUGUUUUUAAAAAUGAAUAUUUUCAUGCGGAUAGUCUUGAUGAUGGUGUUUUUAUGGGAAUUCGCUUUUAUAAGGAUAAUGGAAGACGAAGAGUGUUUACUUUGAAAACUGGAGUACCAACAGGAGAUUUGUGGCGUGCAAGUUUAUGGGAAAUACAGUGUUAAUGUUUAGUAUUUGAUUUACUUUUAUAAUUUAUUUGAAUUAUCGGAGAACAAAGGGGUCAUGUUUCUAUUUUAAAUUUUUUUUAAAGAACUGUUAUUAUAUAUUAUAAAUAUAUUAUAUAUUGGGUGCUGCCAAACUACCGCAUUUUUAAAUCAGAAUUCUAUAAAGGAUAAAAUUCCAAGAAGCAAGCUCCUUUGCAGUAUUUGGAGCUGAUGUAUCAUUUAAAAGACACUACUUCCUUAAUUAUGAAAUUAAAUUACAUAUUUUUGUAGCAGAUUCUUUCUUGUUCUUUGCCCCAAAAAUCAACUUUUGUAUAAAAAUUUUGCCCUAAACCUCAAUUUUUGACACCUAAUUUCAAGUUUUCUCAGAUUAAAAAGUUUUUAUCACGAAUGCUUUUGAAAAAUAAU